AAAUGGGAGAGAGGUGGUUUGAGGAGCAGGGAAACGAGUGAAGGAGGAAAGGGGUGGCAGAGGAGAUAAGAAAGAGGGAAAAUGCAGAAAGGAAAAGUCUAUGUAAAAUCACUUUCUGGAAUGUAGCGGGGUUAAAAAAUAAGGACAGUGAAUUUUGGAAAGCCUUGGAGGAAUGGGAUGUGUUCGUAAUGAGUGAAACGUGGGUUGAGAAGAAGGAGUGGGGAUGGGUUAGUUCAAGGCUACCAAAAGGAUAUAUAUGGGAGGUGCAAUGGGCCAGGAGGGAACAUAAAAAAGGAAGAGCGAUAGGGGGGAUGAUAAUGGGGGUGAGAGAAGAAUUAGAAGCAGAAGAGGGAGAGGAAGAGAAAAGGGAAGGGGUAAUGAUGAAAAAAGUAAAGAUCGGGGGAACACAGUGGUGGAGGAUAAUUGGAGUCUAUGUAAACAAGGACAUAGAUAGGAAAUUAGAGGAAUUGAAGGAGUGGAUAGAUGAUAGAGAAAGAGGAGUAAGAGUGAUUGUAGGAGGGGACUUCAAUGCGAGGACAGGAAGGGAAGGAGGGGAAAUAUGGGAGGAUAAGGAUGAAGGGGGAGAAAGGGGAGUAGGAAGUAAGAAAUCGAAAGAUAGUAAAGUUAAUGCAGAUGGAAAGAAACUGUGCGGAUAUUUAGAGGAACAGGGGUGGGGAAUACUAAAUGGGAACGUGAAGGGAGACGAGGAAGGGGAGUGGACGUAUACGGGUGGGAAAGGAAACUCGGUGAUAGACUAUAUUAUAGGGAAUGAAGAAACAAGAGAGAAGGUGGAGAAAAUGAAAGUGGAGGGAAGAGUAGAAUCAGACCACCAUCCGAUAACGGUAUGGGUGAGUGGGGGAGGGAUUGGAGGAGAAAGAAGGAGAAAAAAGUUCGGGGAGAAGAGAGGAGAGAGAGGAAAUUGGACAGAAGAAGGAGGAAAGGCAUUUAUAAAAAAUUUUGGGAAGGGAGAGAAGAAGGAGAGAAGUAUGGACGAAGAUUGGAGUUAUCUGAAAGGGAAAAUCAAAGAGGCAAUAAGAAAAACAAGAAAGAGAGGGGAGAAAGGAGAGGAAAAAAAGAGAUGGUGGGAUGAAGAGUGUAGAGAGGAGAAAAGUAAGGUCAGGAAAGAGUUGAGAAGAUGA